AUAAGACUACCGGCAAUUUGAAAAUGACCUUGACGUUAUCUCGGUGCUUACGGCGAUCAGCCAGCGCAGUGUUUAUACGAUGUCUUAGUGUAGGUCAACACAAAGGCGGUUACAAAUUAGCUGUAAAACCAGAUGAAGAAGAAACUAUUCAAUCUGGUUUAGACUCUCUUACGCGGCUGCUGCUACUAUCAGAAAUAGCCAAAGGUAUUACAGUUCAGAUGCAAUAAAUCCUUUUUCUCGAUAGGCUUUAGAAUGGUCCUCGGCAUGCUGUUUAAAGAACCGGCCACAAUUAACUAUCCGUUCGAAAAAGGCCCCCUGAGCCCCAGAUUUCGGGGUGAGCACGCUUUGCGACGUUAUCCGAGUGGCGAAGAUUGCAAGCUCUGUGAAGCUAUUUGCCCGGCGCAAGCUAUCACUAUAGAAGCAGAACCAAGGGCUGAUGGCAGUCGUCGCACAACUCGAUACGACAUAGAUAUGACCAAAUGCAUUUAUUGUGGGUUUUGCCAAGAAGCCUGUCCUGUCGAUGCCAUCGUCGAGGGCCCCAACUUUGAAUACUCAACGGAAACUCACGAAGAAUUGUUGUACAACAAAGAAAAGCUCCUACAAAACGGUGAUCGAUGGGAAGUGGAGAUCGCGGAAAAUUUGAAAGCAGAUUAUCUGUACCGCUGAUGACGAAGCCGGUGGUUCUGUUUAGUCUUUCGUCAGCCGUGCAUUAGAAUACAUCUCCCCUUUCA